AGGUGACGAUGGCUGCGAAGGUGCAGAUGAACGGUGGCAACGCAAGAAGCUUAACGACCUGUUGAUCGUCGAACUCAAUGCACGCGAUCUGAUUGAGCGGCUGUAUCGCAAGCCGAAGCUACACGGUCUACAAUCGAUCGAGUGGAUCUCUCAGCUGCACUCGUACUUGGACCCCACAAGCAGAACCGGUAAGAGUGUCGCCAUCCGUGUUGCCCUGAAAAUGCUGGAACCGCCGUGUGAAAUGCAUCGGUUGGUUCCGAGUGUGUUACGGAAGCUAACGGAUCCCAAAUCGUUCGACCGGAUACAAUUCGAUGGAAUAGUGUCGGAGGCGCUAAGCAAAGGCCUCGACCCGGUGUCAACCUCGGUUAGAAAGUGCUUGAUACUCGAUAGUGUUCCGAGCGAUGAAUGGAUUAUGGGCGCUGUCCAGUUGGCUCGGCAUGCGCAGUAUGUGUGCCGAGACUUUACGCAGUUAUACGUGGCUGAUGGUAGCGGACGGCAAGAAACAGCAUCGCCUACUCAGAAUGGUAACCACGUGAAAGUCAUUGUUGAAUGCUCCAGUCCGCUGGACACAAUGACACCGUCAGCGGUGUCCCAUUUCGCUCUGGUACACAUUGGCCCCGGCGACCUUCGUUGGCAGGAGCUUAUCGAGGUAUGGCUGAAGAGCAUGCAGCAUAACGCUUUUGCCCGCGAAUGGAUUGGAGAGUUGACGAAGCAACACUUCGGUCAGCUGCUAGCCUUCCGCCAACGGGAGUGUCCCACUGUGGCCACCGUCAACGAUGUGGCUCUAGCACGUACCUUCAUAAAGCUGUUCAAUAGUCUCCUGUCGUCUUUCGACAGCAGCAAAAUGGAACGCAACCUGGAGGAGGAGAUACUCCGCAAGUUGUUCUUCUUUUGCUGCGUGUGGUCGAUAGGAGGAUCGCUGGAGGAGGAUGCCAGUCGUGGCAAGUAUGACGUGCUGAUGCGUGAACAUCACCCAGAAGCUGCAUAUCCCUUGAAGGGAACCGUGUUCCAGUACCAUGUCGAUCUGAGCGAGGGUGUGUGGCGAUCGUGGGAAACUCUACUGACACCUUCUGCGAAUGACCGAAGCGAGCAUGCGGAGGGUAAGAUGAUGAGCCCAAGUGCGUCCGUUCCAUCCGCAUUCAUCAUCCACCGGGAAGCCGUAGAGCAGGCGACGAAGCUGCUGCGGUGCGUUCGUUUCAAGCGUGUCGGGAUGAUGCUGGUGGGACGACCGGGUGGUGGACGAUCCGUCGUGUGUGAGUUGGCUGCACGGCUCGCCCCUUCACCGACCGCGUUCCAUCGGAUUAAUACGGCCGACCUCAACGAACCCGGGCAGAUGCAGCAACAAUUCCUGGCCCUCUUCCGAAAGUGUCUCCACCAGCGAACGCUGGCCAUGAUCAAUCUCGAUGGUUUGGUCGAUGGACGGGAACCUAACGAAAGGCUGAUGGAACUGCUUAAUCGCAUCGUGCUGCAGGAGGAUUUGAGCGUUCUAUUCUGCGACAAUCUGGCACCACCACCAUUGAAGCAAUCGACGGAAGGCUGGCGAACGAGCUUCCCGCCGAUCGAUUGGGUGAAAGUGCAGCACAAUUUGCAUCUGAUACUAUGUGUUCCCUCGGAUGGUGCCACUUACAGAAUGUUCUCGCUACGGUAUCCAUCGCUGCUGGUGGCUCUCACGGUGAAUUGCGUGCAUGAUUGGCCGCCAGCGACGCUGCUGGAGAUUUCCAAGAAGUACCUGCUCAAGAAUGUUCCGCUGAAUGUGCCCAUCCGACUUGCAGCGAUAGCGACCGGCGGUGCUCCGUUGCUCGCUGCAGAAUCAUCAAAGCAAAAGACCCGAACGAGAGAAAGCUUGGUGCAAAGCACGGAAGAACGCCUACAGAUAGCGACGCAUGAUUUAUUGUUUCGCAUACAUUAUGGUGCCGAAACGGAGGUGACUUUCUUGAUCGCCGGUAAGCGCAACAUAAUUGCACCCUGCAGUUGGUAUUUCGAGUUGCUCCACACGUUCGAAAGAGUGUUGCGCGAGAAGCGACUCCAAAUGCAGACUCUUCAUCAAAAGUAUCGUGUCGGCAUCGAGCGGAUUUUGGAUGCGACGGCCAAGGUGGCCAGCCUGUCGGAGGAGCUCGUGGAGCGGCAGCGCGAAAUUGCCUUGUUUCAGGAGCAGCUGAACGAGUUUUUGGAUCAGAUUUCCCUUCAAAAGCAGGAAGCUGCGAUACAGACGGAGGAGGUGUCGGUGAAGCGUGUGAAAAUCGGGGCCGAGGAAAUCGUCUGCAAGCAGCUGGCCAAUGUAGCAGAGGCUGAUUUACAGCGCGCCAUGCCCGCCUUAAAUGCGGCCGUUUCGGCACUGGAUUCCCUCAACAAGAAGGACAUGAACGAGAUCAAAUCGUACAGCCGGCCUCCGACCAAGGUGGAGCUGGUGAUGGAGGCGGUCAUGAUUUUGCUCGGCAAGGAACCAACCUGGGCGGAAUCGAAGCGCCAGCUGGGAGAGCAAAAGUUUCUCGAAACACUG